GUUAGCUGUAUGGUUGGCACUUGAUCACAAUGCAGAUCUAUCAAACACAAAUAAACUCUUUAUUUGUUAUAAAUUAAAUUUAGUCAGUUUUCUGAUGUUAAUUUUUCCCACAAAACAGAGAGAAAACUUUAGUUGUUUGACGGCAAUAGUUUCAUUUUCAUUAGAAAUGCUGCCUGCAGCCCCUGAGAUAUACUGUAUGCAUGGAAGGGGGUGGAUGAGUGAUUAGAUGCCCUCUUCCUCCGAUCGUUUGUGCCUCCGUGCAAAUAAAUAACCUGCGAACGUAAAUAAACAGAGGCAUCCAUCAUGAGAGCGUCCCAAAGACAGUGACUGAUUUCUGUGCGAGGCUCCUGAGGGAACAGGAUACGUGACACUGGCACUUUUAUUGUGAGAAAUGGCAGCUGCCAGUGCACCAGUAUGCACGUGGGUGACAUUAUCACUGAGAUGCUCGAGACGCCUACACUGGAUGGUUGUUUCUUUGAGCACUCAACUUUGCAGUUUGUUCGUGCCCCUGUUAACAGCCCUCUGCUCUCCAGUGCUUCUGAUAGUUGCCAGCCCAAUAAAUACUGUCUCUGUACCCGGCGAUCCAGUCCCCUGCCCUCCUGCUCUAAGAUUGAUCCCUUAUCCCCACCCCUUCUUUUCUCUCGUCGCUGCCAGACCCGCAGCUUUAGAACCCAUGUGAAUAGGUGAAACUCUGAGGCUCCAACAGAUGGCCAGAACUGCCCUGAUUCAGUCACACUGCUGCCGGAUGAAUACCAGCUCAGAGAGCCCAGAAAGAGUGGAAAAAACAGAGUUUGAGGAGAGCAAAAGAGAGAUAGUGAGAGUGAUAGAGUUUCCCCCAUGUGUGUGGGAGAAUAAGGGGAAACAGGGACGUGUUAAUAUGCAUGAGGGGAAGAGUAACUGUGAGAGAGAGAGGGAAAGAGAGACAACAAGAGAGGGGAGUGGACGAUAUUGAAUUGUAGAUUGAGGGACUUCUUUCCCUCCCGCCCUCUUUUAUUUAUCUGCUAUGGAACCACGCCUCCUUCCUUUCACCUCUCCGUGUGUCUAUAUCAGGGGACCAGCUAUGAGAGAGCCCACUUGUAAGGCUGGCAGAGGGGGAGUCGAGUCAGAGGUGGUCUGGCGAAGACCGAACAGGUGACGGAUCAUCAUAUCCCUGACUUUAACGCCUCCUGUAGUUGCUCUGUUCUUCAGGAAGGAUUCAGAGGUGGGCAUUAGUGAGCAAAACAAAUGCACAUUCAUCACGAUAGUCCAUUCUACCGCAUUAACUGACCCAACUCUGGCUGAGAGGUUGAGAAGAAACUGAUCUUUCUAAGAAGUGUGGGAGGUGGAAGACAGGUUAAAGUCAUGGCAGUUGGGUGGAGACCGGCCACCCUUCUCCUUGUCUUCACCCUGACGUUCCUCUGCCCCUCGGAUGGAACCAUGUACAUCUCUGGCCAGAGACUGCGGUCUCGUCUUCAGAGGGAUCGCCGAAACGUUCGUCCAAACAUCAUUCUCAUUCUUACUGAUGACCAGGACAUUGAACUCGGCUCAAUGCAGGCCAUGAACAAAACAAAGCGCGUAAUGAUGCAGGGAGGCACUCACUUCUCCAAUGCAUUUGCCACCACUCCGAUGUGCUGCCCUUCUCGAUCGUCCAUCCUGACUGGGAAAUAUGUGCACAACCACCAUACCUACACCAACAAUGAGAACUGCUCAUCACCGUCCUGGCAGGCCCACCAUGAACCUCACACUUUUGCUGUUCACCUCAACAAUUCAGGCUACAGGACGGCCUUCUUUGGCAAGUACCUGAAUGAGUACAAUGGCUCUUAUGUGCCUCCUGGUUGGAGAGAAUGGGUAGCACUGGUGAAGAACUCUCGCUUCUACAACUACACACUGUGCCGGAACGGUAUCCGAGAAAAGCAUGGCACAGAGUAUCCAAAGGACUAUCUCACUGAUGUAAUCACAAACGACAGCAUCAACUACUUUCGUAUGUCAAAGAGAAUGUACCCACACAGGCCUGUGAUGAUGGUCCUGAGCCACGCUGCCCCUCAUGGGCCGGAGGAUGCAGCACCUCAGUACAGCAGCGCCUUCUCCAAUGCAUCUCAACACAUAACCCCAAGCUACAACCAUGCCCCAAACCCAGACAAGCACUGGAUCCUGCGGUACACAGGACCCAUGAAGCCUGUGCACAUGCAGUUCACCAAUAUGUUGCAGAGAAGGAGGCUGCAGACCCUGCUUUCAGUGGAUGACAGCGUUGACAAGGUUUACAAUAUGUUGGUGGAAACUGGGGAGCUGGAUAACACCUACAUCAUUUACAUGUCUGAUCAUGGCUAUCACAUUGGCCAGUUUGGAUUGGUCAAGGGAAAAUCAAUGCCAUAUGAAUUUGACAUUCGAAUCCCCUUCUACCUGAGAGGCCCUAAUGUGGAUGCGGGUGCCAUUAAUCCUCACAUGGUCCUGAACAUUGACCUUGCCCCUACCUUACUGGACAUGGCCGGAGUGGAUAUUCCCUUGGACAUGGAUGGCAAGUCCAUCCUCAAGCUGUUAGAAAAAGAAAGACCAGUCAACAGUUUUACCAGGUUUCAUUCGUACAAGAAGGCGAAAGUGUGGAGGGAUUCGUUCCUGGUGGAGAGGGGCAAGCCUCUGCAUAAGCUAGCAGAUGGCAAAGAGGUGGAACAGAAUUCGCUGCCAAAGUAUCAGCGGGUCAGAGACCUGUGUCAAAGAGCUGAAUACCAGACUCCCUGUGAGCAACCAGGCCAGAAGUGGCAGUGUGUUGAGGAUGCCACUGGCAUGCCGAGGCUGUAUAAGUGUAAAGGGAUGGCGGGUCUCUAUGCACCUCAUGCUUUGGGUCUGAUGGCUGCCAACAGGGGACAGAUCAAUGGAGCUCGUUCCGCAUCGUCCCACUGUGAUUGUGAGCCCACCGUACCUGUCAAGAGGAAGAAGGCACUCACUAAAAAGAAGUUGAAGACCAAGAAGAGUUUGCCGCGUAAUCGUUGGGCUCGUUCUGUCUCUUAUCACUUGGACUCAAAUGUCUACACUCUGGACCUGGAGAAAGGCUACCAGCCCCUCAACCUCAACACCAGCCUCAUGCUAGGCAGAAAGCAGGCAGUGUAUGGAGAGAAUGUAGAAUAUAGCGGAAUGGGACCCACAGACAACAACUUCAACUCCCUCAAGCCACCUGCUGCUCUUAAAGUCACCUACAGAUGCUCAAUACUGAUGAACGACACAGUCAGGUGUGAUGGUGGAUUAUAUAAAUCUCUACAAGCAUGGAAAGAUCACAAACUACACAUUGAGCAUGAGAUUGAGACAUUGCAGACAAAAAUAAAGAAUCUCAGAGAGGUGAAAGGACAUCUAAAGCAGGUUCGACCGAAAGAGUGUGAAUGCAACCAAAACAUGUAUCAACACAACAAUAGGGCACUGUUCAAACUCAAAUCAAGCCGGAUGCAUUCUGUUGAUAGAAUGACCUCCAAAGAUAAGAAACAGUGGCUGAUGAAAGAGCAGAAACGCAGGAAAAAGCUGAGGAAGCUCCUGAAGCGCCUCCGUAAUAAUGACACUUGCAGCAUGCCUGGCCUCACCUGCUUCACCCAUGAUAACCAGCACUGGCAGACCGCCCCCUUCUGGACAAUGGGGCCAUUUUGUGCUUGCACCAGUGCCAACAAUAACACUUACUGGUGUCUGAGGACUAUCAAUGAGACGCACAACUUCCUAUUUUGUGAGUUUGCCACUGGCUUCCUAGAGUAUUUUGAUCUGAACACAGACCCUUAUCAGCUGAUAAAUGCUGUGAGCACACUUGAUCGUGAUGCAGUGAAUCACAUGCACCAGCAGCUCAUGAAACUGCGCAGCUGCAAAGGUCACAAAGAGUGCGAUCAGGAGACAGGUGGUAAAGAAAGAAACUCUUUGUACGAUUACAGGCCUCUUCAUCGUCGAAAGAGGCCAAAAGUGAAGAAACCAUCCUCCAAAUCAAUGGGCCAAAUUUGGGAAGGAUGGGUAGGUUAGAUCUGUCUCUACUAUCCACUGUGAAGGAUGCGCAGAGGUGAGGAAUGUGAACCGAUGAACUCCUGACCCGAGGACAGCAAGUAAACUCUGCAAACGUCUAGCUAUAAUGAAGUGUGGAGUUGUAUCGGUGUGGUCAUCUCAGUUUCUCUCUCAAUGCAGUUCAUUAAUGUUUCUAUUCACAUUUUUUUGAUUCGCUACUUUUUUUUGCGAACUUUUUAAUGAAAGACUUCCAUCAUGGAAACUUUUUACCAUAAUGGACUUUGAUGGAGAUGAGAAAAUCUCUGUCCAAUCAAGCAUGUAACAUUUUGUGGCUAAGAUCGAUCACCUUCACUGCUCUCAUAAGACGAGAAAACUCACAUGGCUCAUCAUCAAGAUAUGAACCGGUCAUCUAUUUUUCAGUAAACACACUACUUCUUUAUCGUUUCUGUAAGACUGUGGGACUCUGAUAAUGUGUUAAACGCGGGGCCGGUGUGCUCUGACUUCUCUGCUGCUGUGGAUAUUGUAAUAUUACUCUCAAAGUGAAAAUCCCAAGGAAAAGUCAUAAUACUUUACACGUUGUGCUAUAAUGAUGUUAAUGUCACCUGCAACCUAUGUGAUUCUCUUCAUGGAAAUAUUACUUUUUGAAACAUGGUGCUACUGUAAGUUAACACUUGGAACUGAAUGCUGCAUAGUAUGUAUUUGAAUGUAUGUGCAAUUAAUGUAAAUAUUAGAAUAUUUUUACCAGACUGGACAUACAGGAGUUUGUCUUUGUGAAAGGAGAGCACCCUCAGUCUAACAAAGGUUUUACGUUUAUUUGAAUGCACUUAUUAAUAACAUACUAAACAGUGUUUGAGUAAUGUGUUAUAAUAGUUAUGAAAUUUCAAAUAUUUGUGUAGUUGUCAACCAAUUCCUUACUUUUUGCUGUUUUCCUUUGCCUUGAAAUUUGGAAAACAAUGAAGGUUGGUGAAUAAAGUGUUAAAUACCCAUGUGUACUUUUAUAUUACCCAUACUUUUUUUUUUUUUUUCCAGAAAGAACACAAAAACUUAAAAACAACUUAAACAGAAAUUUGGAAAAAUAACAACUGAAACCAGCCUAAAACUAGUUUACUGUUCUGUACCUCUCCGCCAGGUUGGCCUCGCUGUGUUAUGAAUUUUCUGACUUUUUUUACUUAUAAAAAUAGAUU